AUGGGCAACCAGAAGAGAAAGUCUCCCGGGAAAAAGGGCAACCUGCCCCGCAAGGCGCGCAAAACCGAGGUUCGUCAUACUGGUCUUUGGAAUUACUACGAACAGACAGGAGCCCGGGCAGAUGACCCGGACGUCGGGACAACGCAUCACGGUCAUCCCGAACCCCAACAGAUUCCCUCAGGUUACAUGCCGUUCAGCCCUAUGCCUCAAGUUUACCUCCACAACCAUCCUUAUGCUCACCCUCCCGGCCCGUACUACGGGCACCCAGAAGUUAUGCUGUCACCACCUCCCAUACCACCACCACCGCAGCUACAGCCCAUGCCCAUGUCCAUGCCCAUGCCCAUGCCCAUGCCCAUCAACUAUCUCGCAUCCAACUCAGCUCAGGAGAAUGCCCACGGCUACAACGAAUACCCCAAUCCACAACCUCAUAUGAACAUCAAUGGGGAAUCGAAUAACUUUCCCCAGAGUCCAUUGCAUUGUAACCGAGAGCCUAGCCUGGAUCCUGCUCCCUCGGGGCCACAGAAUGGCACCUCGCCGAGUCAAAAUGGAAGCGACAACAUCACUGUGCCACCUGUUGAUAUCCCGGGCCCACCAGGUGAGGCUGAAGCGACUGGCCUCGAGAGUAACGUCAAUUUGGGUGACGCACUUCCGAGGAUUCCCUUCUCGAUUAGGGGAGACGUUAUCAAGCGAAAUCGCCAAGUUGACGAAAAGAUCGACACGCUUAUCAAGGCCUCGUCAGACGCCUAUGGCCACACCAACGACCGCAUCGCGAUGCUCGAUGCUCGGAUCCUAUUUCUAGAAUCCCGGGUGAUUGAUCUCGAGGCGGCUCUCAAAGAGAGGGAGAAUGCAGCCUGA